AUGUUACCGCAUCAUCGUGCAACAGAAGAAACCGAACCUAAUUUAUCAUCAAUUCAUUGUGAAAUAGAAAAACUUGAUAAUUGUGCAAUUUGUCAAAAUAAUUCUGAAAGCUUAUUUAUAAUAUUGCAGCAUAUAUUAGAUAAUGAUGAUAUAACAACUAAUAUACAUAUUCAAGUAAAAAACUUUUCACUUGAUGUUAUACUAUUAAAUAUAAAUAAUAAAAUUAAAACAAUAAAUUUAACAUGUACAAUACACAGUUAUGAUAAUGGUCAAAACGUUUUACCAAAUUCUCCAUUAAAUAAAAAAAAUUUAUUUGGUAUUAUAUUUCUUACAACUUGUGUUGUUCUUACAUUAACUCUUUGUACUGGAUGGUUUGUUGUUAUAUCUUAUCGUCAAUAUCAACGACGUCGAAUACUAACUAAACUUAAGAAAGCACUUAUCCAUUCAGUUCAACAAAUACUUGAUAAAACACCAAUUAUUAUAUUUAAUUCAAAGAAUAAAAAUAAUGAUUAUAUUGAUGAUGAUCCAAUGUGCGCUAUUUGUUUAGAAUCAUUUACUGAUAGUGAAAAAGUUCGAAAACUUAGUUGUCAAAUUGUAUUUUAUGUUUUAUUUCGACAUAAAAUUUAUAGACACUUUCAUAUGAUAAUGAAAAUCAUUGUUAGUUAUUCAAAACGAAAGUAA